ACAAAAUGCGAUUGAUUCAGUAGCAACGAAAACUCACACUAACAAACAUUUUAAAAUAACUUUAAUCUAAUGGAUUCAAAACUUAUGAUAUCCUGGACAGCAACCCUUUCACAGGCUGGUCUACUUCUUACUGGAGCUCAAACAUGUUUAAGAAUAAUACGUAAUGGAAGCACUGGAGAAGUGGCAUUAUUCCCAUUCCUUGCCUGUUGCUUAAGUUCUGUCCUAUGGACAAAAUAUGGUCUAUUACAAGAAGAUUUCCCAAUCACAUUAAUUAGUUGUGCAGGAAUGAUUUCACAGAGUAUUUAUAUUUUAAUUUAUUAUACCAAUGUCAACGCAAGAGAUAAGAAAAAUAUCAGUGUCAAGCUACUGUUGGCCUUCUUGACAGUGACGUCAAUUUUAAGUUACAUAAAAUAUUAUGUUGAAGAUGUGGAAACAGCUUCAAUGCAUCUUGGAUUUGUAUGCAGUGGAUUCUCUGUUGCAGUAUAUGGUUCUCCUCUUGUAUCUCUGGCAACAGUUAUUCGAAAGAAGAGCACAGAAUGCUUAACAUUUUCUCUUUGUAUUGCAAACUUUAUUGUGUCCCUGCAAUGGCUAAUGUACGGACAGAUUGUACAAGAUAACUUUAUUAAAAUACCAAAUGGAGUGGGAGUACUACUGAGCACAAUCCAAGUAUCACUUUUUAUCUGCUAUCCAUCAAAACCUCAAAAAACUAUCACAUAUACUCCUGGCACCAAGCCCUCCAAACUAGAAAUAUAAAUAAAACGAUCAAGAUUGGACUCGAGAUCACUAAUCAGACAAAAUGCUAAGAGACGACGUCAGAAAUAACUGAUUGUGGCUCUCGCUUUAACAAAAAAACGCGGUUUUCUCGUUUCCUUAGGGUUGAUCAAUAUAUCAGGUGAAAAAGAAAGAGUCAAAAAAGAGUGAAGUUAUUUUGCACUUAUAAAAUGUGAAGAAAAAAACAGUUAACGGCUGCUCAGCUCGAUUAGUUUGCUAUACUGAGCAGCUAUUACCUGAAUCUUGGCUAUAAACAUUAAUGUUGUAAAGCAUAAUUUGAUAUACACCUACUUGCAAGAACGUUGUCAUACGAUAUUAGAACAGUAAUUUAGUGAAAAAGGAAUACAUUAAAAGACAAAAGAAAAUGUUC